AUGACGAAUGAAACUAUAGUGACUGAAUUUCUCCUGCUGGGCCUGACCAAUACUCAGGAGCUGCAAGCUAUUUUGUUUGUAAUCUUCCUCACUCUCUACCUCAUCAGUUUAGCUGGGAAUGGUGCCAUUGUGAUGAUUAUCAUUUCUGAGCCACGUCUCCACUCUCCCAUGUAUUUCUUCCUGGGCAAUCUCUCCUGUAUCGAUAUCUGCUACUCCACAGUGACAAUGCCCAAGGUGUUAGAGAACUUCUUCUCCACCCACAAGGCCAUCUCAUUUCUGGGCUGUAUCACCCAGCUCCAUUUCUUCCAUUUUCUUGGCAGCACAGAAGCCAUUUUGCUGGCUAUCAUGGCUUUUGACCGUUUUGUGGCCAUCUGCAACCCACUGCGCUACUUGGUUGUUAUGAAGCACCAAGUAUGUCUUCAGUUGGCUACCCUUGCCUGGGUUAUCAGCUUCUUUUAUGCCUUGAUGCAUUCAAUCAUGACUUCACAAUUAAACUUCUGCCAGUCCCAUCAACUCAGCCAUUUCUUCUGUGAUGUUAAACCUCUCCUGGAAUUGGCCUGUGGAAAUACAGUGCUCAACCAGUGGCUUCUUUCUGUUGUCACUGGCAGCAUUUCCAUGGGAGCCUUCUUCCUGACCCUCCUCUCAUACUUCUACAUUAUUGGUUUUCUCCUUUUUAAGAGCCAGUCCUGCAACAUGCUCCAGAAGGCUCUGUCCACAUGUGCCUCUCACUUCAUGGUGGUCUGUCUCUUCUAUGGACCUGUGGGUUUCACCUACAUCCGUCCUACUUCUGGCAGCUCCAUGGCCCAAGAUCGGAUAGUUGCUAUAAUGUAUUUUGCUGUCACUCCAGUAUUAAACCCAUUGAUCUACACACUGAGGAAUAAGGAAGUGAAGUUUGCUUUUAAGAAAGCCUUUGGAAGGAAACGUCUUCUGUGA